CACUGCACACAUACACUAAUUCAGAAUGAACCUCCGGCAGACAGCUUCACCCUGAACCCUGAGGACAGACGAGAAUACCCUGAUCUCCAGGCUGCCCACCGGCCGUUCCCUAAGCAGCGAUUCAGACAGGAAAACGGGCACACGUCCUUGCAAAGAGAUGGACCCAGAUCUUUCCUCCUGGAUCUCCCAAACUUCCCUGACCUGUCAAAAGCAGAUAUCAAUGGGCAGAAUCCCAACAUUCAGGUUACCAUUGAAGUGGUGGAUGGCCCCGACACUGAGACAGACAAGGAGCUGCAGAAAGAGAGCAGCAAGCCUAGCUGGCCAGUCCCAUCACCUGACUGGAGAAACUGGUGGCAGAGGUCCUCCACCUUGACUCGCAUGAGCAGUGGUGACCAGGACUAUAAGUAUGACAGCACUACUGAGGACAGCAACUUCCUAAACCCUCUCGGUGGGUGGGAUAGUCAUGCACCCAGUCACCGGACAUUUGAGUCCAAAGAGCAGCCAGAGUAUGAUUAUAUUGAUGGUGAGGGAGACUGGAGCCCGUGGUCCCUUUGUAGCGUCACCUGUGGGAGUGGCAAUCAGAAGCGGACGAGGUCCUGUGGGUACGCCUGCACUGCCACCGAGUCACGGACCUGCGACAGGCCCAACUGCCCAGGGAUUGAAGAUACCUUUCGGACAGCUGCCACAGAAGUGAGCUUACUUGCAGGAAGUGAAGACUUCAACGCUACCAAACUGUUUGAAGUUGAUACUGAUAGCUGUGAAAGAUGGAUGAGCUGCAAAAGCGAGUUCUUGAAGAAAUAUAUGCACAAAGUUGUCAAUGAUCUCCCCAGCUGCCCAUGCUCUUAUCCCAGAGAAGUUGCAUACAGCACUGCUGAAAUCUAUGAUCGAAUUAAGAGGAAAAACUUCCGCUGGAAAGAUGCAAGUGGUCCAAAGGAGAAACUGGAGAUUUAUAAACCCACUGCACGGUACUGCAUCCGCUCCAUGCUCUCUUUGGAAAGCACGACGCUUGCAGCACAGCACUGCUGCUAUGAUGAUAAUAUGCAGCUGAUUACCAGAGGGAAAGGGGCAGGUACACCAAACCUGAUCAGCAUCGAAUUCUCAGCAGAACUCCAUUACAAAGUGGACAUUCUGCCCUGGAUUAUAUGCAAAGGGGACUGGAGCCGAUACAAUGAAGCACGGCCUCCAAACAAUGGGCAGAAGUGCACAGAAAACCCUUCAGACGAAGACUACUACAAGCAAUUUCAAGAAGCAAGGGAAUACUGAAAAGAUUUCCCUCCUCUUCAGACACAAAACCGCAUUCAUUUCCUGGAUGCCAAAGAACUAAUAACGGCUGCUGCAUUGUCUCCUUGACAGGGGUUGAUCAGUUUCUUUCUAAUGAAUGUAUAUAGUUGUAAUAUAAUACAUAAGUAUUUUU